UCCGUUCAAUUCUCUCAACUUCCAGCAGAAAACACAUGACCGACCACAGGGCUGAAAUCAACACAGAUCUGCUGCGUUUGCCAACAUGAUCCAAACACGGACUUUUUUGCUCUCUUUUGUUUUCUUCGCCUUCGCUUUUUGGGUGGUUGUUGCUCAGACGACCAAAAGUCCAGUGACAAACUGCACUAUAAAAUCCAACACAACUUGUGAAGAUUGUUUGAAGAUUGUUUCGUGUUUGUGGUGCAUCUCAAGCCAGAGAUGCAUUGAUUAUCCAGUAAACAGCGUUCUUCCAUCUCAUAGUGUUUGUCCACUUUCAGAUGCACGAUGGGGACUGUGUUGGAUGAAUUUCCAGAUUCUCAUCAUUACUAUCUCCGUGAUCGCGGGAGUGAUUGUCAUCGCCAUAUUUGUCUGCUGUUUCUGCUGCUGUAAAUGUGAAAACAUUGGCAGGUCUAAUAGGAGUGAAGAGCGAAUGGAGAAUCAAGCUAGUCUGAGAAAGUUUCGCCAUGAGGAGAGGAAAGCAGAGAUGAAGCAGAGACAUGAUGAAAUGCGAUUGAAAUAUGGUUUAAAGAAGGAGAACCAGUACUCCAGAUUUGAGAACAGCUAAGACGCUUGUGAUGAUGCUUAGCUGUUGUCUUGUAUUUUAAACUCAACGCUACUGUAAAAAUGAACACAUUACCUUCAAUAUCCAGCACUCCUUUUUUGAAGAGCAAAUUUGAUUCAGUCAUACCUGUAAAUCUAUCAAAUCUUCAAGCAAACCACAAUUAACUUUUGUAUUUAUUAAAGCCUAAUGAUGUAGGGUAAUGAUGACUUUUGCAAAUCAAACUAAGCGUCAACAUAAAUUGAGUACAUGUAUGUAAUACUACAGCAACACUGAAAGCUGCCUGUAUUUUCCUAUGCAAACUAAUGAGCUGAACUAUUAAGGACUCCUAUAGAAAACUAUUUUGUUCAAAGAUUUUCUACCUUCACAUUUCAUUCAAGCUAAAGUGAAAUUGAUUUAAUACUACUUUGUUGGCGUUUUGGUAUUUUGAUAUAUUGUGUAUGUGUUGCAUUUGUAAAUGUUUUAAUCUCUAGCUUUUCACCAAAGACUUGAUUUGUUUUGUGAUUUGUUUUGUGCACCUUUCAAAGUCAAAUAAACUUGAAAAUACAUUUUAAAA